UAGUGUAUACCUGCAAUGGAUACGGCGGCCACUUGUAAGUAUUAUGUGACAAAAUUACUUGGCAUUAGUCCCCCAAAACCGAAUUGUGUGUACGAUGUACGAUCAGGCAAUGUCCGUGAUCGUGAGCAAAAAUCGUUGUUUCGCGUUUUCUACCGAUCGAAUGACCGACGUCGUAAACAACGUCAUAGAACUAAUAUACAAGAAUCGUACGUUCCUUCUAUGCAUGCAGACGAAGUUGGUGCCAAAAUAGGCGAUGGUCGUGUACUGGAAGAAGACACAGUUGAGGAUAUUGAAAAGAAGUUCCAAGGAUUUCGGAAUGUGUUUGAGAAGUGUAAGGUGAAGAAAAAGAAACCACGUCUGUUCAAUGUCAGCUCGGGAUUGCGAUUCACGCUUGUUGCUAAUUCCAUGUUGAUAGACAAUCAAAAAAGAGCAAACGAAACUGCUACUACAACUAUCAAUACCGAAGAAGAUAAAACUGAAGAGGACGAUGCUGAUGACGAGGAGGAUGAGGAAGUGGAGGAUAAUGAUGUAGAAGAUGAAAAUGAAAAUAUAGCGGGCAAAGAUAUAGCAAUUGAGCCAUUGAAAGCAGUUGUUAAUGAUGUGAAUGAAGAAGAUUUUUCCGAGUCUAGGUGUCCAAAAGAUGUAGCAGAUAAAGUGAAUUCGUGGAUCGAUAAUUCCGUUAAGCAGACCGAUGGAUAUUCAGAAGAGGAAAGUAUAUUUGUUGACGAAGAGGAUGCCGAUUAUUAUCAUUGUGUACAAAGUUGUGAACAUAGUACUUCCCGUUUAAACAGUGACUUAUCUGACAACGACGGCUCAACGGCAUUCGCACUGAAUUUACAGACUUUUGCGCCACAAGAGGAUCAACUAGUCAGAGUGUUGGAAAAAAAUACCGAGCUAACCAUCCAAAAUACAGAUCUACACAAACAAGUAUUGCAACUCCAACAUGUGAAAAAGGGCUCCGGGCUGAACUCAGUAUCAGCCCGGGCAGAUGCCGAUCAAGAAAUAGAUGAAAUUCUUAAGCUUAUGCAAGAUGCAACUGACAAAAAGAGAGCGUUGGAAAAAGAUUACAAAGAAUGCGUUGUCAAGCUUCAAGAUAAGCAGCGUGAAUUACAAACCAGGCCAUCGAAUAUCAACUAUGCAGAAAAAACUAGACUGUGUGAACAUAUUGAAUCAUUACAAUCUAAGAUUCGAGAGUUGGAAAAGAAGAUGGAAUUAGAAAAUGUUAAACAGGAGGAAUUGCAGUUGGAAUUAGAACAUCACAAAAAGUCUACGCUAAGAACUUCAUACAAGUCUAUAGACUUAGCUUUGAACUCGCCCUCAGAAUCUACUACAUCUAGUGUAGAACUAAGAUCGAAUUCUAUCAACCAUUCUUCUCUACCUGCAUCAUUAGAGCACAUGUAUUCUACUGAUCAAUUGAGACAACACAGAUUACAAUCUGCAGGAGAUGUAUUGGAAACAAUUGAUAUGAACAGACCAGUAUUAUCAAGUAUAACGGGUGGUAGAGCAUCUACUUUGCCUUCAGAAAUCGAUCGCAUAAUGGCCAAAAUAGACCAAGACAAUAGAGUAUUAGCUGAACUAGACAAGACAAGAUCUACUAUAGUUGCCGGGGGUCCUGGGCAAACAGCACCGCUGCAUAAAGUCAAAAUAAAAAGUGAUAAAACGGAUUCAAACACAGCACCGCUUCGGUCGUGCUUGAAAAAACGCAGUUUGCCGACUGCUGGUAUAUUGACACCUUCUUCGAGUUCAAUGCAAGAUCCGAAUUAUGCCUUGGCCUCGGUGCCGUCGCAUAUAAAUUACCCAUACACAGAGCUUUAUCGCGUGGCCCCUGGUCAUCUGACACAGACAUAUCAACCCUUAUCCAUUGGCACAUCGGUGCUGCCAACCGUAGGACCGCUUACUACCACGACUCCAGCAUUGGAUUCUGUCUUAUUGGCUACUGGACAGCAAUCAAGAAUUCAACCCAAAGGACGGAUUAUGCCAGCGAUUCCCAGUAUGAUCAACGCUCAACAAGAUAUCGAUUAUCAAAAUAACAUAAUUAACGACGCAUUAGGGUUAAGUAUAGAUUCAACGAAACGUAUUGGGGAAAGACGAAUGCCAGACAUGUUGGAUAUACCAGGAAAGGGACAGUGUUAUGUUUAUUGUGCGAGAUAUACAUAUGAUCCUUUCUAUUGUUCACCUAAUGAAAAUUUUGAAGAAGAACUUCCAAUUACCGCAGGGGAUUAUAUUUUAGUAUGGGGUAAUAAAGACGAGGAUGGGUUUUUUGAUGGUGAGCUUUUAGAUGGAAGACGUGGUUUAGUGCCUUCAAAUUAUGUACAACAGCUUUAUGGUAGAGAUCUUGAAGAUUUCUAUCAGUCUAUGGUGGUUAGACUUAGAGAAUGUGACGAUAGUGCGACAACUACGGUUCCUCAAAAUAUUGAAUACAUGCUCCCAGACGAACAAAUGAAGAGACUGGCUCAACAAGAGUAUAAUAAUAUGUUAGAAGAAUUACAAGAAGACGAUAACGUCGAUGACGAUGACAUGUUCUUCUCGCUGCUAGUACCGGCACCGAAGCAGCUGACGUUGGAAAGGCAGUUGAACAAAAGCGUGCUGAUUGGUUGGAACGCGCCUUCUUCUGAAGAAGGUUGUUUGCCAGAGUCAUAUCAUGUAUACGUAGAUGGAAAUUUGAAAACAACUAUUAAAGCUACAGAAAGAACUAGAGCUUUAGUUGAAGGAGUUGACUCAAACAAGCCACAUAGAAUCAGUGUAAGAUCUGUAACAGCUAAUAGAAGAACAUCUAGAGAUGCUGCUUGUACAAUGGUUAUUGGUAAGGAAAAAGAGUUGCCAUUACGACCAUCACACGUAAAGGCUAGCCAAGUAACAUCCACGUCCGCUGUUAUAUCAUGGUUGCCAAGCAACAGUAACUUUCAACAUGUGGUUUGCGUUAAUAACGUUGAACUCAGAACUGUCAAACCUGGUGUAUACAAACAUACAAUUACAGGUUUGGUGCCUAAUACAUUAUACAGAGUAACAGUUAGUGCUAAGACGUUACGUGCACCGACGUUCGAUCAAAAAAGGACUUCUACCUCUAUGGAAAAAUUUUCUACGCACAUAAAUUUUAAAACGCUGCCUAAAGGCUGCAAAGGACUUCCGGAUCCACCUUCAGAAGUACAAGUAGAAUCAGGACCACAAGAUGGAACUUUAUUGGUAACAUGGCUUCCGGUGACUACCACACUCAGUGACCCCUCUAAUCGUGGUCAUAUAACAGGUUAUGCUGUUUAUGCAGAUGGAAAAAAAGUGUCGGAUAUUGAUAGCCCAACUGGCGAUCAUGCUUUAAUCGAUAUCACUCAACUGCUCAGUCUUAACCCCAGACAAGUAACUGUACGCACUAAGUCUAGGGAUAACCAGUCUACUGAUAGUAAUCCGGUUUUGAUACCCGGUGCAAAAAAUAAAUCACCUCAUCAUCACAAUCAUCAUCAUAAACAAGAUGAAGACAAACGAAUUAAAUAUGGAUCUGCUGUACCAAAUCACAUGAGACCGCAACGGAAUGCUUAUGGCCAGGUAAUCGUGGAUACGGAAACAGAAAAUCUUAGUGAUAAAGAAAUAUUCCCUGGGCAAAUAAGCAUACCAUCGAUAGAAGUUACGAAAGAUUUUGCUGGAGAGGGAAAUUAUAGUGAAGAGGAAUUCAUGGAAAAUGGAAGAGGAGCAAGGCGUGCUCCUUCAGUUCAUCCACAUAGGCCUGCAGCACCUACUCCUAGGUCUAAACCUCCUCACCACGGUCGUCAUCAUUAUGAUGAAAGAGAGCAGUUCUAUCAAAACGAGAAACAAAUAGAACCUAGAAUAAAGCACGUUAGUGGUAGUGGAGACCAAAGAACUUACAGAGGGAGAGGUUCUGAUCCAAGACAGACUGUUUAUCAGAAAACACCAAGAGACAAACGACCUAGAUGGGUAGUGGCUAUUUAUGACUAUGAUCCAACUACUAUGUCUCCUAACCCAGAUGUUUGUGAUGAAGAAUUACCAUUUAAAGAAGGAGAACAUAUAAAGAUAUAUGGAGAUAAAGAUCCGGAUGGUUUCUAUUGGGGUGAAAGUAGAGGAAGAUUUGGUUAUGUUCCUCAUAAUAUGGUCAUGGAAUUAUCAGAUAUGCAAAAGAAUCAAGAUCCUAGAAAUAGAAAAGAUGAUCGUUGGAUUGAUCCGUAUUCGGGUCCUGUAAAAAAAAUGGUGGCAUUAUAUGAUUAUGACCCGACUGAAAAUUCACCGAAUGUCGAUGGAGACCAAGUGGAACUACAUUUCAAAAUGGGUCAAACCAUUUUCAUAUACGGGGAAAUGGACGAUGAUGGUUUUUACAGAGGUGAGUGCAACGGAGUCCGGGGUCUAGUACCUUCAAAUUUCUUGGUGGAGGUAGGCACAGAGUAUGCUGAUGGGGAAGGUGUAGGGCCACUACAACCCAAAGGUCAAAGGCAGACACAGCAUCACCAACAGCAGCAACAGCAACAGCAACAACAACAGCAGCAGCACCAGCAACAGCAACAGGAUAUGAGAGGACACGGCCCGGGCGCUCGUGGUCCACCACCCCCGCCUCGAGGCAUAGAUCAGCCACUUAAACGUAAAGAUGCCUGCCUUCCGCAGUAUGAUUAUCACCAGAUGUCAGCGGUGGAUGCGAGGGAGAGAGGAGAUCCGUACGAGAGGAGAGAUGGUAGAGACGGAAGCGGUGGUCAGUCAGCGGGUAGUGGUGGUGUUCAGAGCACGUCGGGAAAACUAUUCAAGGGCCUAGCACAUGUUGUUCCAGACUUCGGACUUGGUAGUAGGCCACAAGACAGUCAACAAAUCCAUAACCAAGGGCAUACUGGAGGUGGAACAUCGAGUUUCAUGCAAAAGCUGAACGAUCUGACCCAUCACAAUCCUGUCAACAACACUACUAUGAAUCAACAAAACCAACAAAAUCAGCAGCAGCAGCAGUCACAACAGCAGCCCGAUCAUGGUGUGGAUAAUAUUCUGUCAAAGGGGAAAGAAUUGAUUUUUAUGAAAUUUGGGCUGGGAAAAUGAUGUUUACCGAUGACUAUUAACGUAGUGUUCACUGCCGAUGUCACUGUGAUCCGUUUAUAUUUUUAAUGUAUUAUUUAAUGUCUGUAUUUACGUUUCUUGAUAUCGGUAAAUAUUUCUAUUUAUUAAAAAAAUAUAGCAAAACCUAUAUGUUUAUAGUUAAUUGAACAAAAAAAUAAAGAAAUAUCAAAAAUUCUAAAAAACGCUCUUUCUACUAAUAACUGUAAUCGGUGAUGAAUAAAUCAUAUGCAAAUUGUUUAUGUUUUAAUCGUUAAAGCCCUUUUUGGAUUCAUGUUAAUAGUCAACGGUAAAUAUGUUUUUUUAUAGAUUAUGAUGAUAUGGAUUAUCCUCUUUUUGACUUCCAUUUAAGAUAAAGAUAUUAUUAUUACUUUUAUUUUCUAAUCUGACUUAUAACACGUACAUUUAGUCAAAUUUUUUUUGUAUCAUAUAAUCUAAUAAUAUAAAACAGUAAUGUAAUAAUUUUAUCGUUUCGAUUGGUAUAUACAUCGUUUAACAUACAUAAACACGUCAUUAUUAUUAUUAAUUGUUAAUAUAUAAUAGGUGUAUAUUAUAUAUAAAUUUAUAUUGUGUAAUUUAUAUACGCAUACAUAAUAGUAUUACAUUAUAUGGUUACGAAUAUUAAACGAUAGGUUUGUUAUAAGCUGUACGUGAGAAAAGUCAAAGGCUGUGAUAUUAUUAGUUGUUUACUUACAACCGCCUGCACUAUA